ACUGUCGCUGUGGAGGGGCGGGCUGUGUGGAUGUCAAAAGACGUCCGGCCCCUACAAAAACUUUAAAGAAGAGAAGAAGAAGAAGCUGUGGAGGGGCGCUUUUCCCCCGCUUUUUGCAAUUUCACAACAAACUGCAAAUACCCAGAAGUUUUCCUGAUUUCCUCUAUGAUUUUUCAAUAAUUCCCAAGUUAAAGUGUAAGAAUCAGAGAUGGGAUCUUCAGCUAAGGAGGCUACUGUGAUUGUGUUUGACUGUGGUUCCAGUACGGCAAUGAGAUGCGACGAUGAGAUGUUUUUUGACCUCUCCAAGGCCUGCCUUAUGAAAAUCCUGCAGAGAAAGAUCUUUACAAAUCCCCAUGACCAGGUUGGGAUGAUUCUGAUGGGUACGGAUGACACGAGCAAUGAUUUGAAUGCUGCGGCGCCUGGUAAGUACAGAAAUAUUAGUAAAGCUAUGAAUCUGGGUGAGGCUAGCUGGGAGAUGGUGGAGCAAUUUGAGCAGCAUUUGAAGAUUCAGAGUGUGGAUGCGGAUUGGACGGAAGCUAUUGAGGUGGCUGUAGAUUAUCUCGGUAAAGAGACAGAAGGGAAGAAAUUUAAGAACUUCCAGAUUGUCCUAAUGACAACUUUCUGUACCCUUCAAUUGCCCAAGGGCAAGAUUGAGGAAUUGGCUGAGGAGAUUCGAAAAGCCAGGGUUGAUUUGAGUGUCAUUACGAGCAAUUUGUACAGCAUUUCGGAGGAUGAGGUGGCUUUUAGUGAGAGGGAGGGGAAGAGUUCUUCCCAGAAGGCUCAUGAAGAUGCCAUUGUGAAGCUUAUUGAUGAGAUUGAUGGAAUCUUCUGUACAUUCUCCAAUGCACUGGCUCAGUUGACGUAUUUCCAGCAGAAAAAGACACGAGCAAUGCCCUGGCCAUGUGAACUGGAGAUUGGAUCACAGUUGAAGAUCAAGACUGCUGCGUAUCUUUAUACAAAGAGACCAACUUAUCUGAAAUCCUGGAAGACAGUCGCUGAGUACACGGAGGAAGAGGCUAAAGUCUCUUAUCGACAUUUAAAAGGCGGAGAAGGGUAUCAGCCUGAAAUGGAGGAUCUAAUAAAGGCGUACAUGUACGGAUCGACAAUUGUGCCCUAUGACACUGAACUGGACAUUGACUUCAAAACUUCCGGAAAGUGCCUGAUGUGCCUGGGAUUUACGGCUGAAAAGUACAUGAGGCAGAAGUUUUUUACAGGAUCUGGGACUCAUGUUGUCCUUCCGCAGAAAGGAUGCCAAGUUUCAGCUGCAAUGCUGACUUCCCUGAUUGCAGCAAUGAAGAAUUUGGGAAUGGUUAUGAUUGCCCGGAAGGUCUACAAUAAAUCCUCCAAACCCAAAAUUGUCACAUUGAUUCCCUCAGAGAAACAGGGAAUCCUCUUUCUAACCAUGAUAGAAGUUCCUUUUGGUGAUGGCCUUGUAGAUUUUCACUUCAAUGCCUUCACAGAUAAGAAAACCGAACCAUCCCAGGAUCAGUAUCAAGCCAUAGACAAUCUAAUUGAUUCGAUGAAUUUGAUGGAAGCCACAGAAGAUGGUCAGGAAGCUUUUUCAGCCAGGAACACCCUAAAUCUUCCAGCACAAUUUCGUUACAGACUUCUGGCUGCCAGAGCUCUGAAUCCAUCCCAACCGCUUCCCACUCUCAGUGAAGAUCUCCUCGAGCAUCUGUCCAUUCCCAAGAAAAUCCAACCAUCUGCCCAAGAAGCAGCAGAAAACGUCAAAAACUCCUUCAAACUCACCCCAAAGCCUCAAAGCCGAAAAGAUAUGUGGCUAAAAAAGCUUUUCAAACCCCUCGUGGAUCCAACUGAAGCCCCAACUGAUCAAAUCCCAGACAACGAUGCAACUUCCGUCCUCAAUGUCGUUGAGCAGGACAUUGUGGAAGUGGGAACGGUGUCUCCAGCAGAAGAUUUUGCCUUCCUAAUGCAUCGCGGAGACAAAUUCUCAACGCUCUGUGCACAGAUUCAAAGAGUAAUUGCAAAUUUGGUCUUCAGUGCCGCCGUUAUGCAAAAGGAGAAGAUUGUAAAGGCAAUUUUUGCCUUCAGGGAGGCCGUAAAGGUCAUGCAUGCUCCGUACAGCUACAAUGAGUGGAUUACAGAGUUCAAGGAGCGUUUGGUGGAACGCAAAAGGGGAGAAUUCUGGGCAGAUGUGGUCGUUCAAGAAGGUCUUGGGCUCAUUUCGGCCACAGAGCACUCAGACAGCACGGUCAAGGAUGAAGAAGCCAAGAAAUUCUAUGAAAUUGAUCCAGAUUCAGCUUCUGCCAAGGCAACAGCAGCAGCAGCAAGUACCAAUGUUGAUGAUCUUUUUGAUGAAAUGUAAAUUGUUAAAUUGCAAAAUUAAAACUAUCCAGAAUAUGCAAAUAAAUCUCUUUUUUUUAAAUACAGCA